GUAGCAGUGGCAGCUCUUCCCUGGCAUAACCUGGUCGGUUUCAAGGGCGGCUCUCUUCCUUCUCACCCUCCAAAGCAGCAGGACGACUGUCUCGCACAGAGUAUACCUUUGCCCUGCUGUCCUCAACAGGGAGGCUCACAACUCACAACGAGGGGAGCGUAUAUAGGAAAAAACCUCGACGACGAUCGACGAAACAAAGAUGCGUGCGUGCGAGCGGAACCUCCGCAGUCACAUCUCUCUCCCUCUCUCUUGCUUUUCGGAGAGAAAGCUAUAACUAUUAUUACCCAGAAGAGCACGUCGACGUUGUUUUUUUCUCCCGAUAUCUAACGCGCGCACCACACACAAUCACUUCACGGCAAGUAACGACACUAUGCACUUUUCCUUUCUUCUAAUGCUCUUGCUGACUGAGGCCUGCUACUCUGCUGUUGCUGCAGAACGAGAAAGAAAGUGCAGCAGUAGAAAAGCACACGCGCGCCUCGUGGAGGCACGGAAACGAAAGGCGAGGGGCAAGGAAGGAAGGGAGACCGAAUCCGAAUAAAAAAUGCACGCAACGCGCGGUCGGAGAGGGACGGAGGUAGGAACAACACACAGUGCGAUAUUCGUUCAGUGCAGCAUAGCUACCAGAUACCAGUCACUGUUUCUGACUACUUUUGGGGAUCGCCUGCACUACUUUGUCCGUUAGCUCUGUGUCUCUUUUGGCCAAGAGAAGCGAUUAGCAUUAGCGAAGAGGUUUUUCCUCGCAGUCUGCGCGUGUAUACGCGGAAUCCGACCGUCAGGGGGCUCGGCUGUCGCGAUCAGCUGAUUUGCCAGUGGCAGGGCCGCACGCGCAUCGUGUCCCACGCAGCUGCGAGAUUCGCCGUUUUAGGCUCGAGUCUCGACCGCGUGUUCUCUGUCCCUUUUCUACCGCCGGUGAAUCUCGCUUGUUGUUACGCUAUAGCUGUCUCUUUUCACUCUGUGCUGAAGCGUGUACUUGGCAUGUACUAGCGCAAGGCUUGCAAGAGAGAGAGAGAGAGAGAGGUGCAGGCUUGCAGGCAAAUCGACCGCUUCGCUCGAUGCAGCGUGUGCACACAACACGUGUCAGUCGUUUUUCUUGUUAUAUAUCAUAUUAUCUUAGUUCUUAUGUUUUUACUCGAGUUCUGAGAGAAAAAGUGUGACAAAUAUUGGUUUAAGUCGCGUGCUUUUUACUCCGAGUAACUGUGGAUUGCUGUGUGUGCUAAAACAGUGGUUUCAUGAAAGUGUUAAUACAUACAUUAAAUAACAAUGGCAAAUGCACCAAAAGCUCUACCCCAAAAAAAGUUCUAUCGACAAAGAGCUCACUCCAAUCCUAUAGCAGAUCACUGCAUUGAAUAUCCUGUAAAGCCUGAUGCAAUGGAUUGGAGUACGUUGUAUUCAGACUUUGUUGAUAAAUCUGAUACAAGCAGUGAUAUUAAGAAAUUAAGCAAACCUGUAGAAUUUGCCGAUGUUGGCUGUGGCUACGGUGGACUGCUUGUUACAUUGUCACCCAUGUUUCCGGAUAAUUUAAUUGUUGGAAUGGAAAUAAGAGUAAAAGUUUCUGAUUAUGUUAUGGAUAGAAUAGAAGCUCUAAGAUCUCAACACCCUGGCCAAUAUGGAAACAUUGCUUGUGUUAGAACUAAUGCAAUGAAAUAUUUGCCCAACUAUUUCCAUAAAGGUCAAUUGAAAAAAAUGUUUUUCUUGUACCCUGAUCCACAUUUUAAGAAAGCUAAACACAAGUGGCGUAUUAUUAACAAAUGUCUUUUAGCAGAAUACGCGUAUAUUUUAGCUGAAAAUGCUAUUGUUUACACUAUGACUGAUGUCAAAGAUUUACACGAAUGGAUGGUGCAACAUUUGACAGAACAUCCUUUGUUUGAACGUAUUCCAGAAGAAGAAUUGAUUACAGAUCCUAUUGUUGAGAAAUUGUAUGAAAGUACUGAGGAAGGUCAAAAGGUUACCAGGAACAAGGGUGACAAAUUUUUAGCAGUAUUUCGACGAAUCCCUGAUCCUUAUGUGACAAACAAUAAUAGAUAAUAAACUUUUUAUAUUUCA